AUGCCUCGUCCAGGGAGGAACACGUACAGCGACCAGAAGCCCCCGUACUCCUACAUCUCUCUCACCGCCAUGGCCAUCCAGAGCUGCCCGGAGAAGAUGCUGCCGCUGAGUGAGAUCUACAAGUUCAUCAUGGAUCGGUUCCCGUACUACCGGGAAAACACGCAGCGCUGGCAGAACUCCCUGCGCCACAACUUGUCCUUCAACGACUGUUUCAUCAAGAUCCCGCGGCGACCGGACCAGCCAGGGAAGGGCAGCUUCUGGGCACUGCACCCCAGCUGCGGAGACAUGUUUGAGAACGGGAGUUUUCUGCGGCGACGGAAGAGAUUCAAAGUCCUGGGAGUUCCCGAUCACUUGGCUCCGAGUAAACAGUCAGACGCGGCUCACUACCUGCAACAACAGGCCAAGCUGCGGCUGAGUGCGCUGGCAGCUUCGGGCACGCACCUUCCGCAGAUGUCCACGUACAACUUAGGAGUGUCACAGACGUCAACUUUCAAGCACCCGUUCGCGAUAGAGAACAUCAUCGCCAGAGAGUAUAAAGUCCCGGGCAGCCUGGCCUUCUCCACCAUGCAGUCCAUGUCAGCAGGGUACCCUCUGCACAACCAGCUCACCAGCGCCUGGCCACACGUCUACAACAGCAGCGUGAUGGACACCAUGGCGAGCAGCGACUACGGGGCGUACGGCAUGCCCCUGAAGAGCCUCUGCCACAGCGGCCAGUCCCUCCCCGCGAUCCCGGUCCCCAUUAAACCCACUCCGACGAGCAUGGCAGGCUUCACGGCACUGCCCCCACACCUGCCCGCCUUCCUGUCAAACUCUCCCCAGUCCCUCAGCCCCACGUCCCCGCAGACAGCCACGAGCCAAAGCAGCCCCGCGACCCCCAGUGACACCCUGACGAGUCCGUCCACACUGCAGUCGGUGGCGGUGCACUGA